AUGACAACUUCAGCGGGUGAGUGGAUGUUGCUCGUAUUGCCCAAUACUUACCUCGUCCCUUUUCUAUUACAGGUGCUAGGAAUGCCGCCUCCAAAUCCAAACUUGAGAAAGGAUGAGCUGAUCUGGGGACUUGCGGCUAAGGGACACUUCACCCUGAAGUCUGCUUACCAAAUGGUGGUUGAGAUCGAUGAAGACGGCGGUCACACAGGAUGGAAGAAGAUUGGACAGUGGCCCUGGCCGCAUCGAAUCCGCCAUUUUCUUACAGGAUGGAAGAAGAUAUGA